CUGGCUGGCUGGCUGGCUGGGGCGCAGCCCGAGCGGCGCGGCGGGCGAUAGCGGCGCGCGGUGCGAGAAGACGCCCCGGGGCGCGUCGGUAGGGUCCUGCCCGGGAGCAGUUGGAAUCAAGAUGACCACAGCUGCCCCAACGUCUGGCUAUUCCCGGAUGAAUGGGACCACAAAGUCCCGAGAGCAAAUCCUCUAUCAGAGUUCUGGAGCAAUUGUAGCAGCUGUUGUAGUAGGCGUCAUAGUAAUAUUUACAACGGUGCUGCUCGUCCUUAAAAUGUAUAACAGGCGCAUGAGGACUAAGCGAGAGCUGGAGCCAAAGAAUCCAAAAGUCACCAUCCCCUCAAUUUUAGGACAGGACAGCAGCAACGCUGCCCGGGACACUGUGGUGACAUUUGUCCCCGUGGACAUUCACAUGCCAAACAGAAGACGGUGAAGUAGCAGCAAGUGGAGGAACAAUGAACAAGCACUGAACGCUGCAGACCUUGAGGAGCCUCCACUAGGACUGGGAAUGGAGUGGCUCCCACUGGCCCACGUUUCAGUGGUCUGCUGGCUGCCUUUUUUUUUUCCUCAUAGAAGGCAAAAGACGGCCUUCACGGGGCAGGUAAGGUUGUGCCCAGCUAGCAACCAGUGGUGAAAAUAAUUUGUAUAAUCUUGCCAGAAAGGGUGGCGAGAAGCAAGCUACCACGAUUCUUGGAACAAAUGA